AUCAACUGCUCGGGCGUCGUCCGCGGGGACCAGAAAGCUAUCCAGGAGGCCCAGCUCAGCAACCUGAAGGCUGCGAGCAAGAGGGUUUCCCUGACGCCUGAGGAGUACCUGAACAUGACAAAGGACUGCAGCAACUUCAGGGAGACCCGGCGGUUCAUGCAGUUCCCGCUGAGCCAGGAGGAGGCAUCGUUCCCCAUCGCCUACUCCAUGGUCAUCCACAACAAAAUCGAGAUGUUUGAGCGGCUCCUGCGGUCCCUCUAUGCCCCUCAGAACGUCUACUGCAUCCACGUUGACAGCAAGUCCCCAGCCACCUUCCAGGAGGCCGUGCGGGCCAUAGCAGCCUGCUUUCCCAAUGUCUUUGUGGCCAGUCGCCUGGAAAACGUGGUCUAUGCUUCCUGGUCCCGGCUGCAGGCCGACCUCAACUGCAUGCAGGACCUGCUGCAGAGCCCCAUGCCGUGGCACUACGUCCUCAACACUUGUGGCACCGAUUUCCCCAUCAAGACCAAUGCCGAGAUAGUCCGUGCGCUGAAGGUGCUGCAGGGACGGAACAGCAUGGAGUCAGAGAAGCCCUCGGCCCUCAAGCGGGAGCGCUGGCAGUACCACCACGAAGUGGGGAAGUUCAUCUCCCGGACAGCCACAGAGAAACUGCCACCACCUCACAACUCUCCCAUGUUCACGGGCAACGCGUAUAUUGUGGUCACACGGACCUUUGUACAGCACAUCUUCGAGAACCCCACAGCGCAGCAGUUCCUCGAGUGGGCGAAGGACACCUACAGCCCCGACGAGCACGUCUGGGCCACCCUCAACCGCAUGCCCGGUGUGCCGGGGGCCAUGCCCCAGAGUGACAAGUUCCAGCAGUCGGACAUGAACGCCCUGCCCCGCCUGGUGAAGUGGCAGUACCUGGAGGGCGACACCAGCAAGGGCGCGCCCUACCCACCCUGCACCGGCCAGCACCAGCGCUCCGUCUGCAUCUACGGGGUGGGUGACGUGCCCUGGCUGCUCCAGCAGCACCACCUCUUGGCCAACAAGUUCGACCCCCAG